GUGCGCCGUGCGCAGGCGCGAAGCCUACACCUCGCUGCAGCCCCCGUCGCCUCGGGGAGUCGCACCCACGGAGUCCGCCGCUGGCGCGUCAGUGCUCUCGCCUCGUCCGCCUUCCCUGGCUUCCCCAGCGUCCUACACGCCCCGAUGGCGGAGCUGCGGCCUAGUGGCGCCCCCGGCCCCACCGCGCCCCCGGCCCCUGGCCCUACUGCCCCCCCGGCCUUCGCCUCGCUCUUCCCCCCGGGACUGCACGCCAUCUACGGAGAGUGCCGCCGCCUUUACCCUGACCAGCCAAACCCGCUCCAGGUUACCGCUAUCGUCAAGUACUGGUUGGGUGGCCCAGACCCCUUGGACUACGUCAGCAUGUACAGGAACAUGGGGAGCCCUUCUGCCAACAUCCCCGAGCACUGGCACUACAUCAGCUUCGGCCUAAGUGAUCUUUAUGGCGACAGCAGGGUCCAUGAAUUUACAGGAACAGACGGACCUAGUGGCUUUGGCUUUGAGUUAACAUUUCGUCUGAAGAGAGAAACAGGGGAGUCUGCCCCUCCAACAUGGCCAGCAGAGCUAAUGCAGGGCUUGGCCAGAUACGUGUUCCAGUCAGAGAACACCUUCUGCAGCGGGGACCACGUGUCUUGGCACAGCCCUUUGGAUAACAGUGAGUCAAGAAUUCAGCACAUGCUGCUGACAGAGGAUCCGCAGAUGCAACCCGUGCAGACACCGUUUGGGGUAGUUAGCUUCCUCCAGAUUGUUGGUGUCUGCACCGAGGAGCUCCAUGCAGCUCAGCAGUGGAAUGGGCAGGGCAUCCUGGAGCUGCUGCGGACAGUGCCCGUCGCUGGCGGCCCCUGGCUGAUAACUGACAUGAGGAGGGGAGAGACCAUAUUUGAGAUCGAUCCACACCUGCAACAGGAGAGAGUAGACAAAGGCAUCGAGAUGGACGGCUCCAAUCUGAGCGGUGUCAGUGCCAAGUGUGCCUGGGAUGACCUGAGUCGGCCCCCUGAGGAUGACGAGGACAGCCGGAGCAUCUGCAUUGGCACGCAGCCCCGGCGGCUUUCUGGCAAAGACACAGAGCAGAUCCGGGAGACCCUGAGGAGAGGACUCGAGAUCAACAGCAAACCUGUCCUUCCGCCAAUCAACCCUCAGCGGCAGAAUGGCCUCACCCACGACCGGGCCCCGAGCCGCAAAGACAGCCUAGAAAGCGACAGCUCCACGGCCAUUAUUCCCCAUGAGCUGAUCCGCACCCGGCAACUCGAGAGUGUCCAUCUGAAAUUCAACCAAGAGUCAGGAGCCCUUAUUCCUCUCUGCCUAAGGGGCAGGCUCCUGCAUGGACGGCACUUUACAUAUAAAAGUAUCACAGGUGACAUGGCCAUCACAUUCGUCUCCACGGGAGUGGAAGGUGCCUUUGCCACUGAGGAGCACCCUUACGCAGCUCAUGGACCCUGGUUACAAAUUCUGUUGACCGGAGAGUUUGUAGAGAAAAUGUUGGAGGACUUAGAAGAUUUGACUUCUCCAGAGGAAUUCAAACUUCCCAAAGAGUACAGCUGGCCCGAAAAGAAGCUGAAAGUCUCCAUCCUACCCGACGUAGUGUUCGACAGUCCUCUGCACUAGCCUGGGUGGGCCCUGCAGGGGCCAAGGGAGAGCCCAGCUGCUCCCCGGUGACUUCCAAUGAAACAACUGCGUGCGAGAGAUUCCCACAAAUGAAAGGACAGUGUGAGGAUGACUGCGCAGCCACCGCACCCACAGCCGGUGGGACGCCGUGCACAGGCCACAGGCCACACCUCACCUGCAGCUCAGGGGCCUCACCUCUCAGCCGGCCAAGCCCAUGUGACUAGGCCCUGGCCCCACGAGGCCGUGAGCCGGCAAAGACAAACCUUCCCCUCCUGCUGCUGCCACAGGUUCUGGUUUGAGAUUUGCCUCUGGAACUUUGCUGUGCCCUUAGGUGGACAAAGGCCUCAUUCCCUGCUACGCCCCACCACACAGCACAGCCGAAGGGAGAUGGAGUGGCCGUGUGGGGGCACUGCCCAGCUCAACUCUGGGAAGCCUUUGGUAUUCAAGCUUCUCUGGCCUCAGAACAAUUUCUCUGAUCGUGUUUGGUUUUCUUCCUCCUCAUUUUAUUUUGUAGAAACCGAUGGUAUUUUAUUGUUCUUCAAAGAUGUCCAGAAGCCGUGUAUAUAAUGUUUUUUAAACAACUUUAUUCCCAUAUGAACUCUCUCAUUGUCUCAGACAGGGGCCGGGGGCCAUCUCCCCCUGAGCCGCCACGAGAGAAGGUGCCGGUGUUCGCCCGCCAGCCCUGGCACAAGGAGCCAGCUGCACAGAGAGGCUUUUCUUGCUGGCUGGG